UAUGUAAAGAGUUAUAAGAAAAAUCCCUUUAGCGAUAACCAAAACCAAAUGGAUGUUUAAAAAAAACUGUAAAUGACAGGGCCUAUCAAUAUAACACAUCUAACAAUUCAAAUCAGAACAAUAUAGCUGAGUUACAACUCACUUUUGGAAAGGCAGCAACAACAACAACUAAAAACAUUGUAUUUAUUACUUUCAUGUGACUCUCAUCUGUUUAUUUAAGGUUGGGUCCCUUUAAGAUCCCCACUGAGUCAACUUAUAGGAAUAAAAUGAGGAAGUUCUGGUUUUGCUUCAGACCGGAAAACUAUCUGUAGUCUGUUCACCAAGUGAAAGGAGGAAAACAGAGAAAUCUUCUAAAAAUUGGACUAAAAUCUCUGCGACAAAUCUGCUUUGGAGAAAUGAAGGCUCAACAGCUCUCUCAUCUUUCUUUUUUGUCAACUUUUUUGUCAACUUUGGUACUUUUCCUGCCCUCCGUUUGCACGGGGAUGGAUGCACCAAGAAUAAGCAUGAACAGCACUGUCUUUGUGGCCUUUAAGAAGGAAAAUCUCACAGUCUGUUGUACUCUUGACCUUCCUGUAAAUGAGACUGCAGGCACUUUAGAGUGCUUCAACCCUUCUCGUGCACGGAUAGGCAGUACAAAAAUCCAAGAAACAGGAAACACAACAGUUAACAAAAUGCUGGAGUUCAAGAACGUGACGGAAUCGGGAGAAUACUACUGCCAGUACAAAGGGGCCACAGUUCACUGGUUUCUACGAGUGGCAGACCAAGGCUACAAGACGGACCUCUCCGAGUGUAUUAUUCUGAGCACCAUCACUGGAGUGCUGCUGUUAUCCAGUGUGGUCUGCUCAGUGUUCGCCUUCAGAGGACAUUGGAAAAAAAAGAGCACAGAAUGUGACAACACUGGCAGAAAUGAAAAGCAGAACAAAGAAGAAAAGGUCGCAAAGAUAAAGGAAGAUGACAAGGACGUGAUGUCACCACCGUCAACUUCUGUUUACGCUAGUCUAGACAGUCGCCCCAGGUCCAUUUACGGCGUGCUGGACUGCUCAGCUGCUGAAGCGGAACCGAAAAUCAAGAAAACUAAUUCAAAGAAAAGGGAAAUGCUUAAAACAGUGGAGCCAACAGCAGAGCACCAAGAUGAAGGCGCAUUGGAAUGUGUUUAUGAGAACUUUUGAAAGAAAUCUUGGCUUCUGUUCAUAUUUGUAGCAUUGAUUAUAAUUUGAUUUUUGUUGUUGUUGUUACUAUUAAAGCUUGCUUUAAGUGAAGCCUUCAAGUCACACUUUUGUGAAAGCAGAGCCCUAUUUUUUUCAAUUACUGUUCAAAAAGUCUCUAUACAUCAUUAAUGUGGCAAAUAAUUCAAAAAUGACUAUUCCAAUUGCAAAUGUCUGGUUUUGGUGCAUUAUUUAUAUAUAGAGGCUGAUUUCCAGCAACAUCACUCCAGUGUUCUAAUGUUGGCUCAUUGUAUCAGAAGGCAAAUAGAUGAUUAAACAACCUUUGGUAGCACAACUGAAAGCAGUUUGACUAUUCUUUGAAAAAAAAGCCAAGAUUUCCUUCAAAAAGUGUGUUCUACUCUCUUUAGAGAAUAGCACAAACAGGCCCUAUCCAGAGCAUUAACAGAAGUGUGAGGCCCUGAUGCACCACUGAGAAAGAAGAGAAGUACAUUUGAGCCUCUAGUUUGAGAAAUAGACGCCUCACAGGUCUCUUCAAUCUCAGAGGAAGAUAGGUAAAAAGGUUUUAUGGACGGACGAAUCAAGGUUUGAGGUGUUUGGAUCAUGAAAGACAUAUAGAAAAAUAAUAUUUUUUUUUAUUGAUAAAUAUUUACAUUCAAGAUUCUCUGCAUUUUAUGUUUUGACUUCCAUCAAAGAGAGUACCGCCACUUCUUGUUGUCCACUUAAAGUACUUGAAUAUAUGUCCAAUUCAUUGUACAGCUCAUUGAAAAAUAAAAGUGUGCCUUUUCAUGGAAAACAAAAAAUUGUCUGGUUGACAUCAAACUUUUAAAUGGUAGCAUAAGGGUUAAAAGAAAUAAACUGACAAAGUCAAAUAAAUAAAAAAUCUUGUGGUGUUGGUGCAUUACUUGAAUUGGAAUGUUAUUGGUUUAUUAUAAGUA